CCAUGGGGCCGCCGCAGCCCAGCCCGGCCCGGCCCGGCGGAACGGGAUGAAGGUGUCUCUUUGUUGAAGCCAUCCCACUGCAAAAAAACAAAAACAAAAACAAAAAAACUUCCAGCUGAUGAUUGUGCCAGGGCAGCACCACAGCAGGACACCCGCGGGCCCAGGUUCCACUUAACAUGGCUUUGCUCUACUAGGCCUGCCAUGACGGCAUUUUUUCCCAAUGUCCCUAACUGGAUUCAAGAUGCAAAGCAGGAGGAGGAGGAGACAGGCUGGAAAUUAGUCCCUCGGCAAAGAGGUCAAGAGGCCGAAAGUCAGGGGAAAUGCCAGUGUGAACUUUCCGAGAGCUCCUUCCCCAGCGUGGACAAGCUGAGAACUCACACAGAGCAGAGACCCUACAAUUGCCCUCAGCUGCACUGUGGAAAGGCCUUUGCAUCCAAGUACAAACUCUACAGGCACAUGGCCACGCACUCUGCCCAGAAGCCCCACCAGUGCAUGUAUUGUGAGAAAAUGUUCCAUCGGAAGGACCACCUCCGCAAUCACCUGCAGACACAUGACCCCAACAAGGAAGCCCUCCACUGCCCAGAGUGCGGGAAGAACUACAACACCAAGCUUGGCUUCAGGCGACACCUGGCCAUGCACGCAGCUGCCAGUGGCGAUCUCAGCUGUAAAGUGUGCCUACAGACCUUUGAGAGCACUCAGGUCCUGCUGGAACACCUCAAGGCUCAUUCCCGGAGGGCAUCUGGUGGAGCAAAGGAGAAGAAGCACCCCUGUGACCACUGUGACAGGCGCUUCUACACCCGCAAAGAUGUGCGAAGACACCUCGUGGUGCACACGGGGCGGAAGGACUUCUUGUGCCAGUACUGUGCCCAGAGGUUUGGGCGGAAAGACCACCUGACCAGGCACAUGAAGAAGAGCCACUCCCAAGAACUGCUGAAGAUCAAGACGGAGCCAGUGGACAUGCUGGGUCUCCUGAGCUGCAGCUCAGCUGUGGCAAUAAAAGAAGAGCUGAGUCCAGUUUUAUGUAUGGCAUCCAGAGACAUGAUGAGUGGUAAGAGCUUCCCUAGCAUGCUGCCCAUGGGCAUGUACAGUACACACCUCCAAGCCAUGCCCAGCUCAGGGAUGCCCCAUUCUUUGGUUCCCAACUCUCUUCCAAUGGGGAUGAGCUAUCCUCUUGAAUCUUCUUCACCUAUUUCCUCCCCACCACAGCCUCCUCCAAAAUAUCAGCUUGGAUCUACCUCAUACUUGCCUGAGAAACUACCCAAAGCAGAGGUGGACACCUUUCUGUCAGAGCUCCCUGGCAGUCUGUCGGUCUCAUCUGGAGAGCCUCAGUCCUCCUCACCUCAGCCAGCCACUCUGGAUGAAGCUCUGCUUUCCAAGAGCCCAGCUAACCUUUCAGAGGCUCUCUGUGCUGCUAACAUGGACUUUUCUCAUCUUCUGGGCUUCCUCCCUCUAAACCUUCCUCCUUGCAACCCACCUGCAUCAUCAGGCGGGCUGGUCAUGGGCUACUCACAGGGGGAGACCCAGCCACUGCUUACCACUUUGCAACAUCAACCUCAAGAAUCUUCAGGAGCUGGGGGCCCCCUGAACUUUGGCCCCCUUCAUUCGUUACCCCCUGUUUUCACCUCCAGCCUGAGCACAACCACCCUGCCGCGUUUUCACCAGGCGUUCCAGUAAGACGAGAGGAGCACUGAUGAACAGGUCUUCCCAUAACACGUAGUUGGAUUGCCUUAAAAACGCACAACUCCUGUAUCUUCCCAUGAGGGCAAAGGAAGCUUUUCAGAGCCGUUUCAGACAGGAGGAUUCUGGUCUCCGUAGGGAGCGUCUGUCGACUGGAACAGCAAAUACCUUAGUGCAUGUCCCAGUCCUGGACAGUGAAACGAUUUCACCUAACAGACUUGGGGAUUUUUCCCUCAUUUUUAAUCUGUGAAUCAGGAGCCACACUUAGCACUGGCCUUCCCCGAGAUUUGGGAGCUUUGUUCCUCUUUGGGAAGGGACUGAAACAAAGGAGGAGUUGGGGCUAUUUUGUCUUGGGUAGGCUCAGGCUAAGCUUUCCAAGAGUCCAGCAUCCAUUUCAUGUUAUCACACUGCAGUUCUGGCAUAACUGUCAGGAUUCAGAGGUGGAGCAGGCCAACGGCUGACCCACUUCAGCAGACGGGAAGAGGCUACCCUUCCCCACUACCUCCAUCCUAUCACCUUCACCGCUUACUCCACUUUGCAGCAGUGUUUAUGAGCAAGAAAACAGUUUACACGAUGAAUUGAGACACAUCACCUUGUUUCCUUUGCAGAGCUGUUAGACUAGUUUUAUUCCAGUGAACUUUGUUUACGCAACACGUAUCGGUUUCCAUCAUUACAGCAGUAGGCACUAGCAAACCUAGGUUUGUAUGUGGUGCAGCUAGAACACUGUUUACAUGAGAAAGUCAGGUUGCACUGAUUUCUCUUCACUUGUCACAUUUUUCCCCUAUGGGGAAAUAAACUGACUUUGGACUACUUCAGGCGGUGCCAUUAUACAUGGCAGCUUAUUGCAUGUUCUCUGACUAUGCAUAGGAGUCAGUAGGAUGGAGCAGCUUACACACCUCAGCUCAGUUUUGUGCUGAACAAACAGAGCCCUUUAAAAGAAAGAAAAACAGGCCCAUCAUUCACAUCCCAGAUCUAUGUUGAGAACCAAAGUACGUGAAAAAGCAAGGUUGACAGCCUGUGGUCCACAGCACCAGAUGCUGUCAUAGAGGGGAGCCAUCUGUGCGCCUCUGCUCUAGGGGUUAGCCAAGGAGAUGAAGGAUGAGGUGUGAGGCAACAUCUUUUUCUGGCUGACACCUAAAGCAGUCUCAAGCAGUGACAGUUAUUGGCUUCCCUAGUGGAGCAAUGGCAUCCGGGAGUCAGGAGAAAAGAAAACUGGUUCCAGUGGUGUUAACACUUGGUUGCUAUCUUGACCUGUUUCCUCCAACACUAAUAGUCUGAACAGGUAGCUAAGGUUCUGGGGCUACAGCCUCCCUUCCUCUCCUCCAGCCUGGAGUAAUGGGCCUUUUCUGUUCCUUCUUUCUCCAACCAUACCUCCAGAACGGGGUCCACUUCUCUUGCAGCCCUGCUGAUAGCAGAAGGGUUAAACAGAAGGCAGUAGACUCCCAAUGCCAUUAAUGAUACAUCUCCUGUUUACAUGUCUGUUCUUAUGGGAUCGGGCACUCCUAUGCAAGCUUAGUAAUCCAUGACCAUAGGCAUGUUCAGUCCAGUUACUUUUUAGCUCAUAUCUGUGGAGGUAAAAUGUAGUUCUUCAUACCUCAGUAUGUAGGAACGUCAUAGGCCAAUAGAAGCCAGGGAGUCUUGUCUAUCAGUAUAGAUCUUUCAACCCAGGAAGUACAAAUCUACCUCUACCAUGUUAUGUGACUCUACAAAUGAAGCCAAUCACUGUCUCCACACCUUCCUUCCUUCGCCAAGAACGUAUACACCUCCAUCAGUUAAUGCACAUUAUUUGUCUUUAGCCAUGUGUCUUCUAAUCCCCAUUUAAGUUACUUCUACUUCAUGAGUUCAUGGGCACAUCCCUUCCUCUGCCUCACUGAAGUAUUUAUUAAAUGGUUUAGUGAUUUCUUACCCAUUUGGGAAUUCAUUCAUACACAAAGCAUCACAGAGAGGUGUUGACAUUUUCGCUUAGUCAGUGACACUGUGGAUGCUACUUCCAUUCACAUCCCUGUAAAUUUUAAGUCUUAUUUACCUCAACAAUAUCCUGUGGCAAUGAAUCCCCUGGGUUGAAAGCAGUUCUUUUUAUCCAUUUUUAAGUGUUGCCUUCAGAUUCCAGUCAGUGCCUUCUUACGCUUUUAAAUGAAGAAAGGGUUAAUCGAUGAGUUGAGUUACCCAUUUUUAUUAAAUACCUCAGUCAUAUCUCCUUGUUCUUCUCUUGCCGAAUGAAAUAGUCUCACUCUCUGUUACACGAGUCUGAUUCCUGCCUCUAGGUUCCUUUUUGAAUUUUUUCUUUACCUUUUUAAAAUGCAGACAAAGAGAGACAGGGAAUCAGGCUUGCUCCUUUAUUCAAGGUGAGAAAGCAUCAGAUUUCUGCCAUCCCAUAGUAUUUUUCCCCUCUUUUCUGUCUUUCUAACAUCCUGCCUUGUGCCUUAAGCAGAUAUCUUGUUGAAAUGUCAUCAGCAAUAGCCCUGUCUGAAAGCAGACACCCUUCCACUUACAACAUAAAUAGCUUUCCCUGUAUUUGCACACUUCAUAUGCUUCCUAUGGCUGUUCUAGCGAGUAAUCUUACAAGUACAUCUGUAAAGUUCAAACCAACCUUAGAAAAUACAGAAAUGAGAAGCCAGUCCAGAACUCUCACCAAGUGUUUGCACUGAAAUCUGGUUGGACAUUUCUGUUUUUGGCAGUAUGAAUUGCAGGUGAUUUGUUUGCAUAUAGAAAGUUAUUCGUAAGCUUGCAGACAUAUAUAUGCAGUGAAUUCAUCAUGAACAAUCUGCAGAGCAAAACUUAUUCACUGGUGUUACUUUUGAACAUGAUUUCUUGGAGAAAAUCAUGAACUGCUGAGGCAACUCACUGAGAAGCUAAAUCCACUACAAAUUAUUUGCUUAAACAAAGUGUUCUAACAAACCAGUUCAAGUGGCCUUAGAUAAGAGUUUUUUGCUAGGAGCAAUUGCAUAGCAAAUGUAGUGCUAAAUUUACCACACGCAAGGAUGACCCCUAUGCUACAGCCCAAGAAGCCUUGUUAUCUGUAUGACAGCUGUGCUUAUAGCUCCCACUCAAGGACUACAGCCCCAUUAGGCUCAUUCCAAAAUGGGCAGGCUGUUUCUUUCUC